AUCUCAGUUAAAUUGCAAAUGAAAUAUCUUUGGAUUGGCGAUUGGCUGUCGGGGAAUUCUGAGUUGGGUGCCAUUUUUUUUGAAAAAAACUUGUAAUAGCCUGAUUAGUACAAGUAUGCAAUUAGACUUUUUAAAAGUUUUUUGUAUUUCAUUUCUGAAAGUUCCAAAUUUGCACAAAUUCUCCCCCCGACAGACACCUACCUGUAUGCAGGUGUCCUGGGCUCAUCUCAGCAGCCCUGGUAUGAUACUGGGUUUUCUGGGAUUUGCGAUUUUUCCAAUACCCAAUUAUUAAUGUUAUAAUCUUGGAAAAGAGCUUUGGGCAGAUCCAAUUGAUUUUUGAAGAAAUUUAUUUAAAAAAAGAGCUUUGAAAAUGGAAUCAUCAAGUAAAAGUAAUGGAGGAUUUGAAACCCCGGUGGUGUUGAAUGUGUAUGAUCUCACCCCUCUUAAUAAUUACACCUACUGGUUUGGUUUUGGAAUUUUUCAUUCUGGCAUUGAAGUCCAUGGCAUGGAGUACGGAUAUGGAGCCCAUGAUUUCCCCGCUAGUGGGGUUUUCGAAGUGGAACCAAGGAGCUGUCCGGGUUUUAUUUACAGAUGUUCGAUACCAAUGGGUCGGACGAGUAUGUCACAAUCUGAAUUUCGAACUUUUAUUGAAAGGGUCGCGUCUGAGUAUCAUGGAGAUACUUAUCAUCUCAUCACUAAAAAUUGCAAUCAUUUCUCAUAUGACAUUUGCUAUAGAUUGACCGGCAAAAGAAUCCCUGGAUGGGUCAACCGUCUUGCCCGAGCUGGUGCCGUAUGUAGCUGCUUGCUUCCUGAAAGCCUGCAAGUAACAACUGUAAAACAGUCACCCGAGUACUACGAAUGCGUAGAAGACGGGAUGGAAUCAUCUUCAGCAGGCACACAUGAACACACGGAAAGUGAAGAUACUGAUCAAGACAAGGUUGUGCUGCUAUCACCGAGACCCAGAUGUUCCGACGUUUCCUUUAUCAAGGAAAUGGAAGAAGAAAAAUGAAUUAGUUUCCGUUAGCUUUUUAGAAGACUGCUUCUUGUUCAUGGAUUUUUUCGACAGACAAAGUUGAAGCAAGCUACUGAAGAGACUUCUACUCGAGAAGCUCGUGUAGUCUCUAUUUUUAAUGUUUUCAAAAACUAUUAUCCUUUUUGUAAUUUUUGGCGUUUACCUUGUUGGUGUUGUAUCGUUGUCACUUGUGAUCGUUUCUUAUUGAAUUAGUGUUUUGCCCAAAGUCGAGGCUGGACAGACGUUGCAACUGUAAUAUAUUUGCUCCAAGGGCUGGUUUCUGACCCUUUGCCCUCCUGUAAUGUGUUACCUUUUGGAUUUUUACUUGUUCUUUGUGUAAGGCUA